UUAGUUCGUCCGCUACUUACGCUCUAGGCAAAAUGGCUGACAAAGUCGCCUCGUCCAAUGCGUUUUACAAGAUCGCUCUUAUUGUUGCUUUAAUAGCUGUGUUCGUGAUGUGCUUYGGWGAGUUUGUAAGACUGGAGAUAAUGUUUAAAGAAAUGAAAAUCAAAGUCGACAAGCUUGACCGCCAGCAUGCCAUGGAAAACCACUUCCCUUCCAAACAUGGCGAAAGGGAAAGAACAUUGAAAAGGAUCACAAGAGACAUCACCGMAGUAGAUCAAAAUCCCAACGUUACCACAGAACAAAUGACCAAGUUAGUCGACAAGAAAGUUAACGAAGUACUUUCAACCUUUAAAAACGCCAAAUACUGGAUGGUAGCACCAGGACCUCGAGGUCCGCCGGGAAAACCUGGAAUACAAGGGAUAAAAGGUGAUCCAGGACAAAUGGGGUUACCUGGACCUAUGGGUAUUAAAGGAGAUCAGGGUCAUCCCGGCUUGAAAGGCGAUCCUGGYCAAGAUGGCUCCCCYGGACCAAAAGGUGCGACAGGUYCAAAAGGAGAUCCUGGAAAUGCUUCUUCAUCUCCUCCAAGUGUAGCACUUUCUAAUACUUAUUUGGUUGUCAACGAGAGUCAAACCGCUAUUUUMAAAUGCUCCGUUAGUGGUCAACCGCGACCUGUGAUUGCYUGGAAGAAAARGKAUGGUACACUGGAUUCUAAAAGAGCCAUUUUACAUCACAACGGAAAACUCGAGAUAAGAAACACGACACCAAGUGACGCGGGAGUGUACAUUUGCGAGGCAACAAUCUACAAUCUCUUCAAAAAACAAGUCAAAGCAACAUUACAGGUCAAUUUYCGACCGCGAAUAAMAUUGAAUACYGGACCAACCUACGUGAAAAUCGGAAKUGACGUCAAAUUACCUGUCUGUGAUGUAAUGGGACAUCCUAAACCUCAAAUCAAUUGGUCAAAGUCUCAUGGCUCAUUACCUGAAAAUCGGAUUAGGAUAAAGGAAGGGCAGCUGAGCUUGUUAAAGUCUGUGAAAAAUGAUUCUGGGACAUAUUUUUGUAGAGCUAAAAACAAUUUGGGUUCUGUGGAAUCUGGUUCUACAAUUGUUGUCGUCGACUUACCAGUCUUUCUAGCUAAACCACCUACAUCGUAUUAUGCAAAGCCUGCUGCACCGAGCGUUGUUUUCAACUGCACAGCUAAGGGUGACCCCAAGCCUGUCAUCACCUGGAGAAAAGAAAAUGGCGUCCUGCCGGCCGGUAAACACGAAAUUAUAGGUGAUACAUUGAUCCUUAAAAACUUAAAUGAAACAGACGAUGGCGAAUAUGUGUGCACUGCUACAAGUGCUGGCGUGUCAGAUGUUGAAGCUAGAACAACCCUUCGUGUUCGAUACCCUUUUGACUGCUCUGAGUUGUACAGUUGGGGAAAGAGAAGUGACGGUGUUUAUACAAUUAAACCAGACGACCAAGAUGCUUUCCUUGUAUACUGUGACAUGACAACUGACGGUGGGGGGUGGACUGUGUUCCAAAGAAGACAGGACGGWUCAUUGAACUUCCAUCUCAACUGGCAAGACUACAAAACCGGUUUUGGAAACCUGAAAGGCGAGUUUUGGUUGGGAAAUGAUCACCUUCAUCGCCUAACAGCAAGAACAGCGUCGACUCUGCGCAUUGACAUGGAAAACUGGAGAAAAGAAACGAAAUAUGCUAAAUAUAACAUUUUUGRUAUUGCUGACGAGUCUGACAAAUACAAACUAAAAGUAGGCAAUUAUUCAGGUACCGCAGGCAAUGCAAUGAAGGAAUGGUUUGAUUUAAACGGCAUGUUUUUCAGCACAAAGGACAGGGACAAUGAUAUCUGGCAUAGUAAUUGUGCUGCAGAACUCACCGGUGGUUGGUGGUUUCGAAAUUGCCAACUUUGUAAUCUGAAUGGCAGGUACCUACCAAAGAAGACUACAGACAAAGGAGUUCGUUGGGGCAGCUGGACCAAUAAAUCUUUGAAGAAAGCACAGAUGAAAAUCCGCCCAAACGCGUUYUAACUUUACUAAUUUUCUCUUUCAGAAAACCCAUAUAUCAUUAGUAUUGUUUGCAUGUAUUCAUAAAAAUCUCACUUAAUGGUCUUUAAUUAAAAAAUUUUUUUUGAUUAUUGCCUACUAUUAUUUUCCCUGUAUCUUGCUACUGUUUAAAG